AAGUUUGGGAGAGAAGUUAGGUCGGUGCUGAGUGUGGGAGUGAGGGGGGCGGGGGCCGGCCAGAGUAGGGCGGCCCCGGCGAGUCGACGCGUGAAUAGAUAGACCUGCGGACGGGACAGCCGCGGCUUUAGGCCCUUCUGGCCCCGCUUGACCCCUGAUGAGCGGAGGGACGCAGCCCCUCUCGCUGGGUGAUGCUGCGGGAUUCUUGGCGCCGGGCAUCCGGGCCGCCCGCUAAACCCCUGUGCCUACUCUGUGCCCUUGGGGAACCGGAAUCCGGCCGCAGGGAAAGAGAAGCGGCAGCUGAGACGCUGCAGGGUGCCAGGCGGGGAGGGGGCUGGAGGCCCCAGGCCCGAGGGCAUGGAGCGAUUAGGAGAGAAAGCCAGUCGCCUGCUGGAGAAGUUAAGACUCUCGGACUCCGGCAGCGCAAAGUUCGGCCGCAGAAAGGGUGAAUCUAGCCGGUCUGGGUCUGAUGGGACCCCUGGGCCGGGCAAGGGGCGCCUGAGUGGGCAGGGGGGACCUAGGAAAUCAGGGCCCCGUGGAGCUACUGGGGGACCUGGGGACGAGCCGUUGGAGCCAGCCCGGGAGCAAGGCCCCCUGGACGCAGAGCGGAACCCGCGCGGCUCCUUUGAGGCGCAGCGCUACGAAGGCUCGUUUCCCGGGGGGCCGCCUCCCACCCGGGCCUUGCCUCUACCUCAGUCAUUGCCCCCCGACUUUCGGCUGGAGACCACGGCCCCAGCCCUAAGCCCUCGCUCCAGUUUCGCCAGUAGCUCAGCCAGCGACGCGAGCAAGCCGUCCAGCCCCCGGGGCAGCCUGCUGCUGGACGGGGCGGGGGCUGGCGGAGCCGGAGGUAGCCGACCCUGCAGCAAUCGUACCAGCGGCAUCAGCAUGGGCUACGACCAGCGCCACGGCAGCCCCCUGCCCGCCGGGCCAUGCCUGUUUGGCCCACCCCUGCCCGGGGCUCCGGCGGGCUAUUCCCCUGGAGGGGUGCCGUCCGCCUACCCGGAGCUCCACGCUGCCCUGGACCGACUGUGCGCUCAUCGGCCCGCGGGGUUCGGCUGCCAGGAAAGCCGCCACUCGUAUCCCCCGGCCCUGGGCAGCCCCGGAGCUCUAGCCGGGGCCGGAGUGGGAGCGGCAGGGCCCUUAGAGAGACGAGGGGCUCAACCCGGACGACACUCGGUGACCGGCUACGGGGACUGCGCCGCGGGCGCCCGAUACCAGGAUGAGCUAACAGCACUGCUGCGCCUGACGGUGGGCACGGGUGGGCGAGAAGCCGGCGCCCGCGGGGAACCCUCGGGGAUUGAGCCGUCGGGUCUCGAGGAGCUGCCGGGUCCGUUCGUUCCGGAGGCCGCCCGGGCCCGGAUGCGGGAGCCAGAGGCCAGAGAGGACUACUUCGGCACCUGUAUCAAGUGCAACAAAGGCAUCUAUGGGCAGAGCAACGCCUGCCAGGCCCUGGACAGCCUCUACCACACCCAGUGCUUUGUCUGCUGCUCCUGUGGGCGAACUUUGCGCUGCAAGGCUUUCUACAGCGUCAACGGCUCUGUCUAUUGUGAGGAAGAUUAUCUGUUUUCAGGGUUUCAGGAGGCAGCUGAGAAAUGCUGUGUCUGUGGUCACUUGAUUUUGGAGAAGAUUCUCCAGGCUAUGGGGAAGUCCUAUCACCCAGGCUGCUUCCGAUGCAUCGUUUGCAACAAGUGCCUGGACGGCAUCCCCUUCACAGUGGACUUCUCCAACCAGGUGUACUGUGUCACGGACUACCACAAAAAUUAUGCUCCUAAGUGUGCGGCCUGUGGCCAACCCAUCCUCCCUUCAGAGGGCUGUGAGGACAUUGUGAGGGUGAUAUCCAUGGACCGAGAUUAUCACUUUGAGUGCUACCACUGUGAGGACUGCCGGAUGCAGCUGAGUGAUGAGGAAGGCUGCUGCUGCUUCCCUUUGGACGGGCACUUGCUCUGCCAUGGCUGUCACAUACAGCGGCUCAAUGCCCGACAGCCCCCUGCCAACUAUAUCUGAGCUGCAGUCACUGCUGCUGCCAUCGCCACUGUCGACAAAUUCCUCUGGCCAGUGGGCCCCUUUGAGGCCAGCCGAGGCAAGGAACACACUCUGCAGGCCUGGCAGAAGAGUCCUCUGGGGAGGGCCCCAAGGACCAGAGACCCAAAGAUCAAGACAUUCCAAAUGGAUUGUGGAGGAGGAACCUUCCACUUGCCAUGGUGGGGGUGACUCGCCUUCUUUCCACGUGUGGAGGCUGUGCUAUAGCUCCUACCCAGGCACACACAGGCGGGUUCCAAUACUUUCUGAAGGUCGGAGUUUAGUCUGUAUCUCCAGUAUGUGUUGGUGCAUAAGUUCUGGAUUAUAGGAAGAGAGGACAUCAUGGGAGCUCCUCACUCUUUUGUACCCUACAUGUGGGGUCAGAUGUGGGGUCAGCCAGGUUCUUACCACAGUCUCUUAUCUCUCUAUCUGGAUGAAGACGUGGAAACUCUGGACCUUAUUCAUGAGUUAUUUCUUGGCCAUCUUCUAAGGACUGGGAGAGCUGCUCACCCUUCUGGUAGGAAUAGAGACCAGCUCUGGGGGGGCCUGCUUCCCGUAUUGCCAGUUUCUCAGGGACUCAGGUGGGCCUGGGGAGGCUAGGUGGGUGCCUGUACUUGGUUCCUCUUCUCCUCAGCUGGGGGAGGUAAUGAGUGGGUCUCUGGCUGUGGAGUUGCUGGGUGAGACAUCUAGGAAGCUUCAGGCUAGCCACACUCCCAGGUUUAAGUGCACUGAGCGCUCCAGCCCUGUAUCUGCACACACGGGCACAUUCACACACACACACUCAUGCUCUCACUCCCUUCUUCUCAGGUCAGGUUCCCUAGCAGUAGCACACUACUCCAGACCUGCCACCUCUCAGAGGGACCCAGGAUUACAUCUACUGCAACUCCCAAACCCUGAGGCUCUGCGAAGCCAGACGGGCAAGACACUUUGACCUGGUUCUAGUCAGUUUGGCUGAAAUUGGUUCACCUAAAACUAGAUCUUUUAAAACCAAUUCACUGAAAACUUGUUUGCUUAAAGUUCACUUCACUUAAGGACCAGUUUACCAAAACCUUAAUUCCCUUUUGGAUGUUUUUAUAGACAUUUAGAUGUUCUGUUCUUUUUUGUAAUGCUUUGGGUGUUUCCAGGAUUUAUAUCUGUUCAUCCAAGGGUACUUCUGAGUUAUUAUCAGCAACAUAAAUUUAUCAAAUUUGCAGCACUUUGUACAUGAUGAGAUUGCUUCCUACCUUUAUGGAUAUCUUUUUCUAUGUUAUCUAAUUUUCAAACACUUUUUAAAAAAGUUUAAAGUUGCUAGCAAUAAAUAGAAUUAGUACAGACAUUUUGUGUAUCCUUUUUUGUGUUUCUUAAUCCAAUGCUCCUUUAUAAAUUAGAUGCCUUUAGAAAUGUAACAGCUCAAUAUGAUUUUGAUGCUUUGGUCUGUCUUCUACAUUUCCUGCUGUUAAAAUGCCAAUAUAUUCUAAACAAAUGAACAGACGUGUGGCAUAUUCAGUUGACUAACAAAGGUUAUACCGACAACAGCAAUAAGUGAAAAGGUGAAUCUGCUAAAUCCUUUUGAAAUGCUGCAGAUUUGAUAAAUAUUUAUUUUAGAAUAAUUGUUUCUAGGUGAAUUGGUUUUAGGCAAAUUAAUCUGAUAAUCUUUGAUCCUUAGUCUUCAUUCUGUGUCACUUAGAGUUUCAUAUUAGAAAUGAGGACUCUUGAAAACAGAAAUUCCACGUUUAGGGGUUAUUCUAAGAAGACUAUGCCAGCCAACCUGGGAAUUGAAUAGAAGAGGCCUCCGAGUGAGAGUAAGAGUUCGAUUCAUACCACUGAGUGCCAGAGGCGGGAAAUGCACUUUUUUUGGAGGGAUAAAUGUUCUGAAACUAAAUUACUUGUUAUCCAGCUGGGAUUGCUUCUUCCCAACUAUUAUUAAAUAAGUGAAUACAAAGA